AUGGCCCUUUUGGCCAAACAUUCAUGUAAACGACUGGACAAAUUCAUUUCAGCACCGUUGAAAUUCACCUCAGUCUUGUACAGGACAUCUCCAUCGACAACUAAAUCAACAGUUUCUUACAUUUCCCUGAAAACUGUUGCAAGCAUUCAAAAUCGUACGCGCUCCCUGGUGCAGGCCUUGCGAGCUGCCAAAAACGAACAGUCAAGAUUGAUUCGCUUGGAAGAAUUCAACGACCAUAUUCUUCGCUAUCAAGGUGUCAGUAGAAGCCAGGCCAUUCGAGAGAAGGCGAUAAGUACUCUGUUGGAUAUCAGAAAGAAGGGCAACAAGGAGGUGUGCAAAGAAGCUCAAAAGGCGUUGGUCUUGCUUGGCUGGGUGGAUCCUGUUAAAGGAACAGGGAUCAAGGUUUUGUCCAUCGAUGGCGGAGGAUCCAGGUAAGUUUGAAGAUAAAGAAAGCUGCGAUUGGGUGGUGGGUGUUGCAGAGGAGAGACAUAAAUAAGUCAUUUCCGAGUUGCCUCAAUACUCUGUUUCAAAACAUGGCUAAGAGCAAAGCCAAUGAUAUGAUAAUUGUUUUUUAUUCUUCUGCAAAGAAAACUCAUUUCCACCAGGCCCCGGUUGUUCAAACAUUGACUAGUGCUCUCCACUGGAUAAAUCACUAUCCAGCAGAUAAGUAUUUUGGGGAAACCAAUUGCACUAUCCACUGGAUAGAGAUUUAUCCGGUGGAUAGCGCUAUCCACCUUUUGAACAACUGGGGCCAGGAGGGUUAUGCACUAAGCAUUGUUUUGAAUGUGAAAGUUUUUUGAACUCAGAAAUGGCCUAUUGGCUAUUUUACAAUGGGAGGCUCACUCAACCCAGUAAAACGGGGAUAGAGGCUAACUCUGCUGACUUUGCUGUAAUGAAACAUCAUUAUAGCGAACAAAUUUUGCCAGUCCCUUGGCACCUUGCUAUAUCAAGGUUCCACUGUACACUGGUAGAUAUUUCUUUACACACAAUCCAAAGUAAUACCAUUAUGGGUAAAAAUAGAUGUUAAUAAGAUCAUUGCAGUUGAAGACUCAACUCAUGCAGGUGUGAAAAGAAAACCUGAAAACUUCAGGCUUGCUGUGAUUCAAACCCUGACCACUGUGAUACUAUGGCAGUUCUCCAACCAGUUAAGCUGGGAAGCCAACUGGGAGCCAGUCAUUAUUAAGUCUUUCGUAAAUUAUUGUAAACAGGGUAUAGCAUGCAUGAGUAGAGAUGUUUGCAGAUAUCUAGUUUGUCAUUACUCAGGUCAUUUUCUUUUCUAUGCUGUUGAGGGGCUUUCUUUUUUUCUUUUCUGGGUAGAGUAGUUGAAAGGAUAGUGGGUAAAACUUCAGUGUAGUUUGUGACCUGACUUACAGUUACUAGCAGGAUUAGAACUUUAAUGACUCUUCAAACACUUCUGCCCUUGUUUCCAUAACACUUUUCUCUUUUAGUUUCCUGUCCCCCUGUUUCUCACUCUUUUCUUGCUAGUACCUUUGACUUAUCCAAGUCUUGCAUGCAAGUCUUUUCAGUGAUUAUUGUUUUAUUUUACCAUAGAUCACAGUCCCUCCUCUGCCGCUAUUUGGGAAUGAAAGUAUUAUAUCAAUCUAAUUUCUCUUCUACUUUUUCUUUAACAGAGGCUUGAUGGCCAUUGAAAUUCUUAAAAGAAUCGAAGAUUUGUGUAACAAAGAGAUUUAUGAACUGUUUGACCUGAUCUGCGGAGCUUCUACAGGUGCUAUUCUUGCAUGAGGAUCCAGGUAAGUUUGAAGAUAAAGAAAGCUGCGAUUGGGUGGUGGGUGUUGCAGAGGAGAGACAUAAAUAAGUCAUUUCCGAGUUGCCUCAAUACUCUGUUUCAAAACAUGGCUAAGAGCAAAGCCAUUGAUAUAAUAAUUGUUUUUUAUUCUUCUGCAAAUAAAACUCAUUUCCACCAGGCCCCGGUUGUUCAAACAUUGACUAGUGCUCUCCACUGGAUAAAUCACUAUCCAGCAGGCCCCAGUUGUUCAAACGUUGGAUAGCGCUAUCCAACGUUUGAACAACUGGGGCCAGAUAAGUAUUUUGGGGAAACCAAUAAUGCACUAUCCACUGGAUAGACAUUUAUCCGGUGGAUAGCGCUAUCCACCUUUUGAACAACUGGGACCAGGAGGGUUAUGCACUAAGCAUUGUUUUGAAUGUGAAAGUUUUUUGAACUCAGAAAUGGCCUAUUGGCUAUUUUACGAUGGGAGGCUCACUCAACCCAGUAAAGCGGGGAUAGAGGCUAACUCUGCUGACUUUGCUGUAAUGAAACAUCAUUAUAGCGAACAAAUUUUGCCAGUCCCUUGGCACCUUGCUAUAUCAAGGUUCCACUGUACACUGUUAGAUAUUUCUUUACACACAAUCCAAAGUAAUACCAUUAUUGGUAAAAAUAGAUAUUAAUAAGAUCAUUGCAGUUGAAGACUCAACUCAUGCAGGUGUGAAAAGAAAACCCGAAAACUUCAGGCUUGCUGUGAUUCAAACCCUGACCUCUGUGAUACUAUUGCAGUUCUCCAACCAGUUAAGCUGGGAAGCCAACUGGGAGCCAGUCGUUAUUAAGACAUAGUCUUUCGUGAAUAAACAGGGUAUAGCAUGCAUGAGUAGAGAUGUUUGCAGAUAUCUAGUUUGUCAUUACUCAGGUCAUUUUCUUUUCUACCCUGUUGAGGGGCUUUCUUUUUUUCUUUUCUGGGUAGAGUAGUUGAAAGGAUAGUGGGUAAAAUUCCAGUGUAGUUUGUGACCUAACUUACAGUUUACUAGCAGGAUUAGAACUUUAACGACUCUUCAAACAUUUCUGCCCUUGUUUCCAUAACACUGUUCUCUUUUAGUUUCCUGACCCCCCUGUUUCUCACUCUUUUCUUGCUAGUACCUUUGACUCUAUCCAAGUCCUGCAUGCAAGGCUUUUCAGUGAUUGUGUUAUUUUACCAUAGUUCACAGUCGCUUUUCUGCUGCUAUUUGGUAAUGAAAGUAUUAUAUCAAUCUAAUUUGUCUUCUACUUUUUCUUUAACAGAGGCUUGAUGGCCAUUGAAAUUCUUAAAAGAAUCGAAGAUUUGUGUAACAAAGAGAUUUAUGAACUGUUUGACCUGAUCUGCGGAGCUUCUACAGGUGCUAUUCUUGCAUUCAUGCUAGGGAUCAAGNUCUAUGCUGUUGAGGGGCUUUCUUUUUUUCUUUUCUGGGUAGAGUAGUUGAAAGGAUAGUGGGUAAAACUUCAGUGUAGUUUGUGACCUGACUUACAGUUACUAGCAGGAUUAGAACUUUAAUGACUCUUCAAACACUUCUGCCCUUGUUUCCAUAACACUUUUCUCUUUUAGUUUCCUGUCCCCCUGUUUCUCACUCUUUUCUUGCUAGUACCUUUGACUUAUCCAAGUCUUGCAUGCAAGUCUUUUCAGUGAUUAUUGUUUUAUUUUACCAUAGAUCACAGUCCCUCCUCUGCCGCUAUUUGGGAAUGAAAGUAUUAUAUCAAUCUAAUUUCUCUUCUACUUUUUCUUUAACAGAGGCUUGAUGGCCAUUGAAAUUCUUAAAAGAAUCGAAGAUUUGUGUAACAAAGAGAUUUAUGAACUGUUUGACCUGAUCUGCGGAGCUUCUACAGGUGCUAUUCUUGCAUUCAUGCUAGGGAUCAAGAAGAUUCCGCUGGAGGAAUGUGAGCGUAUCUACAGAAAACUCAGCAUGGAUAUAUUUGAACAGAAUACUCUGAUUGGAACAGGGAAGUUGUUCUGGAAUCAUGCUUAUUAUGACACUACCAAGUUAGAACAGAUCCUCAAGUAAGUUCACUUUGUUAUCUAGGAGACUUUAAUCAUGAACAAGCAAGGGAAAUGUGCCGCUGUGAUGGGUAUGGUUUUCAAGCAGUUUACUCUAGGAUAGGGUAUAUAAAUCAGAGCGUUUGGGUCUAGGAUAGGGUAUCAUUUUUCAGGAAACUGAUCAGCUAGUUGAAGAUUUUAUCUAGACUAGGGAUUGUGGUAUAAGGUUUUGUUUUGGUUAGACUACUGUGCUAGUGACCUCAGUAGUUUCUGGAAAACAGCUACUCUAUGAUAGGGGAGAUUUGGAGAGUUUACUCUAGUAUAGUUCAGCUGAACUAGCUCUGGUAUAGUUUAAGGAUUCCAGGGUCCCAGCGGCACAUCCCCACCCAGAAAUUCCUAAAGCAACCCCCCUCCCCCCCCCCGGACUAACCCAUUCUAUCUUUUGUUUCCAUUUCUAAUAUUCCCAUUUCCUGGGGCUAUUCCCCUAUUCAGCAUUCCACAGUCUUUUUACUAACAUCCAAUCUUAUGCCCCCAACAGAAAUGAAAGUGGAGAGGCAAGGCUAAUAGAUUCUGCAAAGGACAAAACUGUGCCAAAGGUACUUUAUUUUCUAGUUCAGCACCCAGUAUGUUUUCUGUUAUAGUAAAUGAAGAUAAGUUAACUGUUAUCAUUUUAGCUUUCACUCAAAACAUCUGCAAUAAUAGAUUUGUUGUUGUGGCUUCCCCUGUCACAAAUUAACUCCAUAGUUGAAGUUAUUUGAGUCCUAAUCUUCACCAUGUUAUGCAGAGCCACAGCUAGCGGGGAAGGGGGGGCCCAAGGGGGGCAGCUGCCCCCCCCCCCCUUGACCUGUUGAGCAAGACACAUCAAGUCUUUGGAUGGGUUUGUUUUCUUUAGAUUCAGUUAUUUUGAUUAUAGUGACUUGCAAUUUAUUGUUUGCCAUUUUUAUAUUCGAGGUCGAUAUUUUGGAGACAUAUCUCAUGACAAGUGCUGAAAAUAGCAUUUAGAAGCCUCCAAAUUUGAACAUUUUCUGGGUAAGGAUACCCCCAGAUCCCCCUACAAGGCUCAUGCCUUCAGCACUUGCAAUAAUGCCCCUGUUACAAAAAACCUAGCUACGGCCCUGUGUUAUGAUGCUGCCACUUGGGAGAGUUCAGACAAGUUCCAAUAUUUAGGGCUAUGGUCAGGCAAGACCCAUCAUAUUCACUUGUGAAUGUUUUCUAACAUAUGAACGUUCUUCACAAGGAAGCAGUCAUUUGAGUGCUUCUCAGUAUUUAAAUAAAGAAGCUUUAAUUUUUGUUAUGGGAGGGGAAUAAUUACUAGGUCAACAAAUCAAAAGAGCCAUGCAAUAACUCUUGAAAUAGGAUUAUAUGUGGAUGAAACUCCUCUCCAGACCCAUCAUGAAUAAACUGGAUCCCGUUACUUUGCCUGCCUUAUGAUUUUGAAAUACAAAAAAAGAGGUUACACCAGAGCAAUUUUUUUAAAAAAAUUAUAGUGAAAAGGUAUUUUUGUUUUUUUUCCAGUCCAGCUUUGUAACAAUAUUAUUCAUUUGUAUUGUCAGUAUAGGUUGCUGCAGUAUCCACAGUAGUAAAUCACUCACUCCUGAUGCCUUUUGUGUUCAGUAACUACACACGCCCAUAUGGCUCCAACUCUAAGUUCCCUCAGAGCUGUAAGUACAGAUUGUGGGAGGCGCUGAGAGCCUCAACUGCAGCACCUGGUUUCUUUGAGGAAUAUAAACUUGGAAAUGAUAUUCAUCAGGUACUAGAAGAAUCUAAAACCAUUCUUAAAUUAAGGUCACCUGGAUUCCUAAAGAAACAAAAAUUCCACUAAAGAGACAAAAAUUUCUAUAGUGUCUCCUUUUGUUUAAUACAUUCAAAAGGUGGCAUUUUGAGCACUGUGCUCCCCACCCCUGGAAUGUUUGUCCAAGCGGCCCAAGCUGCAGGGAGUAAUAAGGGGUGGCUGGGUUUGCAGGCUAACUCUAAGCCCUCUUCAGAGCUAUUCAGAUGGACAAAGGGAUAGUACGUAAACCAUCAGCUUCUGAAGCUUUUUACUAAGUCAAAUCGAUGUCUUGAUGGUUGAUAAAGCCACAUUUUCAUGUUCUUUACUCUGGAAAGUUGAGUAAGCAAGCAAGUUGAUUGAGUGAGCAACUUGUAGUCUGACCUAUCCGUUACGUUAUUCACAGGAUGGUGGUCUUCUAACAAACAAUCCCUGUUCUAUUGCUAUUCACGAGGCCAGGCUUUUGUGGCCUGAUGAGCCAUUUCAGUGCAUCGUCUCUGUCGGAACAGGGAAAUACAAGGGGAGAUCUGGGCCGAGUGCCGUGGAGUUCAGCAGUCUUCGUGAGAAACUUUUAAAAAUUGUGGCCAGUGCAACAGAUACUGAAGGUGAGUUUUGAAAAACAGGAAAGAAAGAUCUUUUAAAAAGCUCUUAAGUUUCUUUCCUUUGAGCUCGGUAACUGAUCAUACUAAAUGGUAUAAAGGCUUGUGGGUUGGAGCAGUUGGUAACAAGACAGUUAUUCAAACUUAAAAUAACAAAUGUGGAAAAAAAUUAGCUUCUAAAUGACUGUUUUGCCUGCAAAAAAUAGACCCUUCCUCAUAUUUUUCAACUUUUGACAUUGACCAGUUAGGAAAAAUUUAUAAACACUACUGGAAAGAGCACCUUCAAUUUAGUGAAAUACCAACUUUGAAAGUGAUGUGUCUUACACGAGCAAAGAAAAUUUUACAGAUAUUUGUGUGGUGAUGGAGGGGGGAGGAGGUCACAAACUUGCCCUCACCAUACAAACGUCUGUAAGAUUUUCCUCGACAACUUUGAGGAGCUAUAUAUAUAUCUUUGUUAGUUUUCAACAAAAAACACUCAAACUUGGCAAUUUUACUAAUUUUAAGGUGCUCUCAGUGCUCGACACUGACUUUUUUGGAAACUAGGCAAUGGGCUUGUAAGUGAAAUAAAUCACUGGCCCAAGACGGCAAGCCACUGGUCCAAAAAAAGCCCAGGAAAAGACACCAGGGGGUUAGGAACCAGUCUUCUCUAUUCCACUUCCUACAUACCUUCCGUUUUGCAAGUCAAUCAUACGAUACCUCCACGAUAUGCAUAGCCUGCUUUGUAUUUUGCAGAGUUUUAGAAAAGCUAUUUUGUCAACUUAUUUAACUGGUCUAGGGGCUAGUAGAAGCAUAUUUUUACUAGCCCAGCCUAAAGUUUCACUAGUCCCGGGCUAGUGGACUAGCGUCAGUGUCAAGUACAGGCUCUUUUUGGCAAAGUUGAUGGAUUUUACAUAACUUUUUAGUGUCAGAAGUUGAAAAAAAAUGUGGAAAGGUCUAUUAACAAAACAUCUCGAGACUGCAGCAUUCACCUAUAAAGUUUCUGCAUAACUGAUGAAUUCCCAGCUUAGCAAAAGGAGACUCAAUCUUUUGAAACAUUGAGCCCUGCUUUAAAUACUAAAGCAGUUUGAAUCAUUCCCAUGUAUGAAUUUCAAACUAUUUUACUUGCAGCUGUGGACAUUGUAUUAAGUGACGUUUUACCAAAGUCUGUUUACUUCCGGCUCAACCCAAACAUGUCAGCAGAUAUACCCAUGGAUGAAGGAAGAAUUGAAAUGUUAGAACAAAUUCAGUUCGAUGCCAGAAGACAUUUAGAGAAGGCAGAUGAGAGUUUAAAGAAAUGUGCGCGGGUUCUACUGCAGGACAAAACUUUACUACAUCGUUCUUUAGACAAGUUCCGAGUGUGGUAUAGAGAUACAUAA